AUGGUGGAUUACGAGAAGGAAGUUGAGGCCGGGGCCUCGCCAGUCCUCUCGUCGACGGCAUCGUCGGACCGUGAUGAAAAUUAUGACUUUUAUCACCAGAAUCGCGGACUCGAGUAUACCCCAGAGGAAGCGAAGAAGACUUUGAGGAAAAUUGACAAACGACUGAUUCCGUUGUUAUUCAUAAUUUACAUGAUUCAGUACCUGGACAAAAACAGUAUCAACUUCGCCUCUGUCUAUGGCCUCAAACAAGGAACCCAUCUCAAAGGGCAGGAUUACUCGUGGCUGAGUUCAAUCUUUUAUUUCGGUUAUUUGAUCGCCCAGUGGCCAGCUGGAUUGGCUUUCCAAAAGCUUCCAGUCGGAAAGUUUCUGGGCAGCACAACUAUAGUUUGGGGUGGCCUGCUCAUGACAACACCGGCUUGCCAUAACUUCGCGGGCAUCGCCAUCAACCGCUUUCUCCUCGGCCUUGUCGAAGCCGUCGUCAACCCGGGCUUUGUCCUUAUGAUGAGUAUGUGGUAUACGACUCGUGAGCAGCCAUUGCGCUUGGAAUCCUACUACUGCACUAAUGGUAUUGCGACGAUGUUCGGAGGACUUAUUGGCUAUGCUGUUGGCCAUAUUAACACUGGUCUGCCAAAAUGGAUGUAUGUAUUCCUCAUUUUUGGGGCUUUCUCUGUCGUCAUCGGUAUCUUUGCGUUGUGGCUUCUUCCCGACUUGCCAUCAACUGCAAAGUUCCUAUCCGAGCGUGAACGUGCCAUCGCCGUCGACCGCGUUGCUAUCAACCGACAGGGUGUCAAGAGCCACAAGUUUAAGUGGUACCAAGUCUGGCAAGCCGCGCGAGAUCCCAAGACAUGGCUACUUUUCAUCAUGGCUAUAGGCGCACAGGUGCCUAAUUCAGCAUUGACAAGCUUUACCUCCAUUAUUGUCGCCACCUUUGGCUUCGAUACCCUCGGCACACAGUACCUCCAGAUCCCCGGCGGCGCAGUCAACUUCCUUACUCUGAUAAUUGGUGGGUGGAUCGCAACCAAAUAUGCAGACAGAUUCCAUUCGCGAAGUGCAUGCAUGAUUGUCGCAAAUUUGACUUGCAUCCUUGGCUCGGGGUUGCUAGUCGGGCUGCCAGACUCGAAUAAAUGGGGUCGCCUGGUAGCACUUUGGCUGUGCUACUUCCAGGGUUUGGGCUUCAGCAUGAGUCUGACGAUCGUCAGCUCCAACAUUGCCGGCUAUACAAAGAAGCAGGUUACUGGUGCGUUGCUGUUUACUGGAUACUGUGUCGGCAAUAUCAUUGGGCCUCAGACGUUUAAGGAAAGCGAGGCGCCGGGAUAUCACAGUGCUUAUAUUGCAAUGCUUGCUGGAUAUGCGGUCAAGACUGUGUCUAUCGUGGCGCUGUACUUGUACAUGUACCUCGAGAACAAGAGACGUGAUCGCGCGGCGCUUGAAAGCCAGGAGGUGGAGGGCGAUGGUGUUGAGAAUGGAAUGCUGGAUCAAACUGAGAUUGAUAACAAAGCCUUCCGUUAUGUUUUGUAA